AUGACCAGCUACUUCGCCGGCCUCUCCUUGCGGGAGAUUUACGAAAAGAAGUGCGUGGAACUGCACUGCCGCAAGAACUCCGCCAUCUGCCAUGUUUUAUCCGACGUUCCAGACGAGUAUAAAAGCUUGAUCCUGAUUGAUCUUUCCAAGAACUUUUUAGGCCCAAAGGGGAUCCUGCCGCUCCUGGAGAUUGUCCGCUGCUGCAGGAACAUCCGUACCCUUGACCUCCGUGAGCAACAGCUAGACAAUGAGGCCACGGAUGCUCUCUGUCUCGCUUUGCGGCAACACCCAUCCAUUGUGCGAAUAAACCUCUCAGACAACCCGCUAACAAUGAAUGCAGGAGCAUCGCUGCUACAGCUUGUUAGGGAUAACCCGGUGAUUGAGUUUAUGAUGCUUGAUGGAACUGGUAUCAGGAACUCCAUUAUUCAGGCAAUUCAAUCCCAACUGGAGCAAAAUCGAAAACUAAAGGAGAUGGUCGCUGAACUGGACCUGUUGGUCUCACCGGGUAGCAGAGAUGCAAAUAAUUCUUCACCCGGGGAGGAUCAUGGUAUAGGGCGCGUCUCACCUGUUCAAGUGAUUCGUGCAGCAGCGGAAGCGGUCAAAGACGGUUCAAAUGCAAUCUCGCUGGAAAUGGCAAUCUCAGCAGCCAUGUACGAAGAUAAUUCUGACCGAAAGCGAUUAAAGGCCCAUGAUGUAGAAGCCGCACUGUUGUCCUUUUCACGCAAGGUUCAUGAAUUUCUUUAUGAUGAUAAUCCUAUUCCCGUCAUAGCUCAGCUUUGUGAGCAGCAAUAUGCUUGGUUUUACGACCAACAGUUCGCCGCAGAUGAUGUAGCUGUUCAGCAUCGUGCCACGACGCAGUAUUCUAUCGCUGGAUGGCGUCGUGUGGGAGACAUUUAUCCCUCCGCAAGGCUGUUUCCUGGUAUAGAUGAGGAAAAGCGUCUGGUGUUACCAAGACACUCCCCGCUCUCUUUUUCAUGGAUUUUUGUGUGCGUGGAUGCUGCCUUUAACGAUCUGGAGAGCCUCCAAAGCACCGUGUUGGGUUCUCAUUCUCUGGGGCACGGCGUGUAUGGGUUGCGAGUUCAUAUUGAUGGGGCAUGGCGAUACGUUGUUGUCGAUGAUCUUCUUCCUGUAAAUAGCAAGGAUGAGCUCAUCUUUACUCACCCAGUGAACGGGAAGUACUUCUGGCCAUGCAUCCUCGAGAAGGCCCUUGCGAAGUUACAUGGCGGGUACUCGGCCCUUGAUCUUGCUUCCUUUGAUGGCGCCCGUUCGAAAUUAAUGUGUAGGCCGGAAAGAAACAACCGGUUCUCGAUAAACUCUCGGGCAAGCACUGUGUUGUCCUUGGAAGGGAUGAACAAUCCUAUUAGUCAGAGCACCAAUGAACGGCAAACAAGCUUUGCUAAAACCCUCAGUGACUUGAGUGGUGGAGUGGGUAUUGCACGCUUCCUAAAACAUGAGCGUUUUCAAGCGGAUGAGUGGUGGCUGACAAUGUUGGAGUUAUACGGCGCCGGGGCUUUGAUGGUGGCUCUGAGUGGACCAGCAAAUAGGACACUUUCCGGCAUAGAGCCAUCGCAUCUCUAUCGUAUUUUACAGGUAUGGCAAAUGAAUGGAACAAGGCUUAUUGAGCUUUCCAGUUUUUGGGCAACAACGCAAUGGAAAGGAGAUUGGUCGGAGGAAUCGGCGCAGUGGCACCGUUACCGAGAUGUAGAUGCCGCCCUCCGAGGUCAACGCUCGGCUACAAGGUCCUUUUCUUUCUGGAUCUCGUACACGGACUUUAUAGCCGCAUUUACACAGGUUCACUUUUGCCACCUUUUUCAGGGCUUCCAUCAGCGUGUUAUAAAUGAUGAAUGGGAUAGAAACAGCGCAGGUGGGUCAUGCUAUGGAAAUCAUUGGCACCUCAAUCCUCACUAUCGUCUAAAGAUAACUCAGGAAUCUCCUUUUUUUAUUAAUCUUGCUGUACCUGACAUACGGUUUACAACAACAGAUAUUGAUUCUCUUGCCCUCCAUAUUGUUCAGCAUAAGCAGUAUCCUGUUCGAUAUGGACAUGACAGCGAAAAUAUUGUUGUGGCAACAAAAUAUGUCUUGACGGAUUCAUUAUCGUUUGAAGGCAUUAUUAAGGGAGGAGAUGACUAUUGGGUAAUACCAAGUUCUCAUACAGGUGGAGUUAUGGGUAAGUUUCUCCUGCGUAUAUUCAGUCAGUCUGGAUUUAUUAUUUGGAAGGAAGAUUCUUCGUACCAUUGGAAUACGCUUACCUAUAGCAACACAAUAGAGAACAGUGGGGAAUAUCGCACAGGGGAAGAUAACGAACAGGUUGUGCUUAGUUUUACCUCCAACACCAACGUUGGAAAUUUGGGGUCUAAAACAGGGUCACUUGUUGUAAAGGCACGGGCGCCUGAUAGUGAGGAAAUCGCCUUGGGCAUGUUUCUUGUGAAAACGACUUUGGUGGAGGAUAAGCCUUCAAGAUCUGUCGGAGUAUUACCUGAGGAGUCGAUUGUGGCGGCAAGUCCCUUCAUUGUGGAUGACGCUGUCUAUUUGGAGGCGGAUGUAGCUCCUGGAGAACGAUACACACUUGUAACAUGCGCUCACCCAGCGGGAUCUCGGGCAAGGCUGGAAUUUACUAUGUGGAGUUCGCUCCCGUCACCGCAACUUAUACCGUUGCCUGUAUGGUCAAAGAAAACUGUAACCGUGUCGUGGCCAUAUGGAAGUGGCUCGUACUAUGAAGUGACGCGAAAUCCCCAAGUUGAAAUUUACCCUGCGAGGAUGCUUGAUACUUUUGUAAUACGAAUGCAGGUCGUCGACUGCAGUUACAAGGAUCCUGCGAUUGUCUUCUUCGUCUUGGCUAAUGAUGGCCGUCAGGGUGAGGGCAUCAAAGGACAAAUACCUGCCGAUCGGGUGGUGGUGCGUUCACAGUAUGUGCGACACCAUGUUGUUCAGUGUGAGCUUCUAAUAACAGAGCCGAUGGACUCUCUGUUAGUUCUACCGUGCCUCCAACCGGCUGGUUCUUUCGGGGAGUGCAGAAUUAGCGUCGCAACAGAAAGUGGUGACUUCAUGAUUCGCGUACUCUCCACGGACUGA